GACGUAUCUGGUUGCGGCGUCGAUGAACGUGAUGACGUAGUUGAAGUCGGCUUCGGUGUCGUCUCGAGGCAUGUUUAGAAUAUCGCUGUAGACUUUUUCCAUCGGAGCGUAAGUGGGUGCGCUUGGAUUGUGAUGGGCUUGGAAAGGUUGAUGAGGAAGAUCUGCUUCGGGGCAUGUGAAACACCGUGCGCGUGGUCGUCGGAGUUCCUGGCCGUUCGUCGUCAGAAGGGCGUUGCGUUCUAACACCUCUGCUUGGAUUGUUUGAAGUAUCGUGCUGUUUGCAGGAUGUCCGAGACGUUGGUGCCAGAUGUCGUCGGGAGCGCGGUGGCCGGGCGAGCGGUGGUAGAUGUCGGCGUUGGAGAAGAACGCGACGACUGAGGCGGGACUUCGACAAGCUUCUCGUGUGGCGGGCAUAAGUUGGUCUGCUUCCGUUGGCGGUCCUCGUGUUGAUGGUGGUGGUACUCGGCUGGGUCCUGCUGCUGAUACUGCAGGUAUGGUGUUGGAGUGCCAGAAGCCGUCACUGUCGAAGUCGGGGUCAAGAUCCGGCGGGUGAGUCCAGGCGGCGAACGAUACGAUGCCAUCGCUGUCGGCAGUUCCGCGGUCGGGGACGAAGUCCAACACGAAGACACCGGACUUCAGGAGGGCACGACCGAUGAAGAGGCCGCCCUUCCCGUGGUUUUCGUUGUUGGCGACGGUGAUGACGACGUCGCGGUUGAGUCGUUUCUCCUGUUGUACGAAGCGUCCCGAGGAGCACAUGUGUUGACCGCAGCAGCUGUCCAAGAACCAGGUGUUUCGCCCGGUGGGUUCGGCGUUGGCGACCGCAGCGUAUGUCGGGUUGACCUGAAGUCCUUGUGAGCGCGGCGGCGGGAAUUCCUCUUCGUCUGAUGUUGAAGAGCGCCUUGGGGAACUUGCUUGAGUGGAAGCAACUUGUGGGUCUGCUGCUCGGUAAACGCGAGGGCGGUUGCAGUUGACUUUGGAGUGUCCGGAAGUCUGGCAGUUGUGGCAGAACGGCGGCACGAUGAUCCAUCUCCUGUUGUUCAGCGUGAAGCUCGGCGCAGAGGUGCAUCUCCGAGAUCCUUCCGUGGGCGCGAAGAAGCGAUCGUGUGGUUCUCCAUUCUGGUCCGAGCCCGGCGAGGACAAGUGUGACGAAGCUUUCUUCAGUGAUCGUUCCUCCGCACCGAAGCAGGCGGUCGCGCAGGGUCUGGCAGCGACUCAUAUACUGCAUCGCCUUUUCCCCGGUCUUCAUCUGUAUUGUUUCGUUGAAUUGAGUUGAGUUGCAGUUUGUUGAUGGAGCGUAGUUGCUGGGAGUUUGAUCUCUGACCAGCUCUCAUACCAUGUUGGGCUGAGAAAAAGCCCUUAGGAUCUUUUGCAGAGACUAAGUCCCAGCUUGUAGAGACUUGAGACUUGGAGUAGUGCAGCGGAAGUUGAGGCAGUUGAACCCUUGUACUAGUAUGUGAGAACAAGUGAUUGAUUAAAGAAACAAGCAUACA